CGUCACGGGGGGCGGGGCCGAGGAGCGUCCGGGUCCCCCGCCGCCGUCGCCAUGGCCGCGCUCUGCUCCCUGGGGGGCUUGAUCCCGUGCCUGUGCAGCGGUGCCUCGUGCUUAUUGUGCAGCUGUUGUCCCAACACCAAGAAUUCCACCCUGACCCGCCUCCUCUAUGCCUCCAUUCUGCUCCUGGGGACUUGCGUGGCCUGUAUCAUGCUCAUCCCGGGGAUGGAGGUGCAGCUCAAAAAGAUCCCCGGAUUCUGCGAGGGGGGUCUCGGAACGCAGAUUCCGUACGUGGACGGCUACGUCGACUGCGACGCCCUGGUGGGCUUCAAAGCCGUCUACCGCGUCCACUUCGCCCUGACCGUGUUCUUCUUCCUCUUCGCCCUGAUCAUGGUGAACGUGAAAAGCAGCAGCGACUGGCGAGGGGCGGUGCAGAACGGGUUCUGGUUCUUCAAAAUCGCUGCCGUGGUUGGGAUCAUGGUUGGAGCCUUCUACAUCCCCAACAGGCCCUUCUCCACAGCCUGGUUCGUUAUCGGCGCCGGCGGGGCCGCCAUCUUUAUCGUCAUUCAGCUGGUGCUGCUAAUCGACUUCGCCCACGGCUGGAACGAAUCCUGGGUGGGGCGAAUGGAAGAGGGAAACGCCAGGUGCUGGUACGCAGCUCUGCUGUUUUUCACCGGCCUCUUCUACGUCCUGUCCAUCGUGGCCACGGCGCUGUUCUUCGUCCACUACACGAAACCGGACGGCUGCACCGAGAACAAGUUCUUCAUCAGCGUCAACGUGAUACUUUGCGUUCUGGUGUCCGUUUUUUCCAUCCUCCCGCAAGUCCAGGAAUAUCAGCCUCGCUCUGGCCUCCUGCAGUCUUCAGUCAUCACUUUUUACACCAUGUACCUCACGUGGUCCGCCAUGUCCAACGAACCGGAUAGCUACUGCAACCCAAGCCUGCUGAGUAUCAUCUCCCAGUUGGCCGGCCCGACACCGGCCCCGGGAAACGCGACCGCCCCGCCCGCCGCCUCGGCCCCUCCGGCCCCCCACGGGACCAGGCGGUGGUGGGACGCCCAGAGCGUCGUCGGCCUGCUUCUCUUCGCCUGCUGCCUCGUGUACUCCAGCAUCCGCUCGUCCGCCAACGGCCAGGCCAGGAAACUGACCCUGUCGGGGAGCGACAGCGUGAUCCUGGAGGAGGCUCCCCCGCGGGGGCCGGGAGCCGAGGAGGGGCAGGCGAGGCGGGCCGUCGACAACGAGCGGGAGGGCGUUCAGUACAGCUACUCUCUCUUCCACUUCAUGCUGGGCCUGGCCUCGCUCUACAUCAUGAUGACCCUGACCAACUGGUACAGCCCCGACGCCGACUUCCAGACCGUGACCAGCAAGUGGCCGGCGGUGUGGGUGAAGAUAUCUUCGAGCUGGUUCUGCCUCGGCCUCUACGCCUGGACUCUCUUCGCCCCUCUCGUCUUCACCGACCGGGACUUCAGCUGAAGCCCCCGCUUGCCACCCGAGACCGCCGUCUCCCCCGUGGCCGGCGGCCCCGGGCCAGCAUCCGCCCCCCUCCGCGCGGCCGCCGGAACCCCGGGGGGACUCGAGUGGCGCCAGAUCGGCGCUCGGUGUCGGAUUGCAACUCUCCUCUCUCUCUCUCUCUCUCGGCUGUUCUCGUUGACCGCUUUAACCUGGAGCGCGUUACCGCGGUUUGAAAAUCUCCUCGGGCCGGGAAGGGGGUCCGCCAAGUAAGAGGCGAGACUCCCUUCUGGCUCGGGGUCGCGGACGCCCGUAGGAAGGCGGGGAAGCCCUCGUUAGCCAACCGGGAUCGACGUCCCCUAAACAGCGCGCCGGUGGCGGGCCGCCCGGGGUCAGCGCGUCGGGGCGUACGAUCCGUCGACAUUCCAGGUCUUGGGAAGAGCCGGUGGGGAGAGACCGGUCUCGAGCCGCUACCGUCGCUUCUGCCCGUUUGAUUUUUUUUACCCCAGAUGCAUAGAUUGUCUUCUCCUUUGCGUCACAGCGCCCGUGCUGCCUAGCUUUAAGUCUGUGGCUUCGUUCCGCCAAAUAAGUUCAUUUCACGCGCCGCUCGGUUCCGUUUGCACUCUCAACCUCUAAAGGCUUUAGUCCGGCGGAAGAGUAACCUGGGAAGAGCGACGCGGCGCUUACGUAGACGCCGCCGACGUCCGCCUCAGUCGCACGGAAAAUGGCGUCGGAGCACGUCGGCAUUUCCACCCAACGUACGUCUUCUCGUUGAAAUACAGGCCUUCUGAACGCC